AUGCAUCUCUCCCUCGCUUGUACUCUAUCUUGCCUUCUGGCUGUUGCCACGUCAUGGACACUGGACUACCCCGAAGCCAAACAAGAUCCGGCUAAUGCUGCCAAUUUUCAGUACGGUCGUCAGGGUGAAAUCAAAGGUCUCGUUCUCCAUGGCACUGCCGGAUCAAAUACGGUUGAAUGGUUCAAAAAUCCGGAGGCAUAA